CCAGGGAGGAACAACUGGAGGGGAUCCAAAUGCUGGGGAAAGAAAAGCUGGAAUUGACAUUAGGGAAUUUGUUAGGGAGUGCAUCAAAAGGGUUGGGGGUUUUGAUUAAAUAUUUAAAGGACACGGUAAUAGGAAAUAGGCUAUAGGAUAUAGGGUUUUGUUUUGUUUUUGUUUCUUGUUUUAUUUAAUUUAGAUAUCUUGUAUAGUUCAGUGGAGCGUCACACUCCAAUCCAGUAGGUGGCGGUAAAUGCACAUAAAAGUUGGUUGCCAAUAAAAACCAAUAAAAGAAGAAGUUGUUGGAAAGACAGAAAAAAGCACCACCCAUAACAAAUAUGGCGGCGCCUGCGGUCAUGACAGAGUCAAGUGCGAGGAGAAACCCGUGUUAAAACGUGACUUAUGAUAACGCAUAUUGUAGUAUUAAUCAUUAAAAAUAGACAUUAAAGCCUUCCCCCUUCAUACAUCAUGGGGUUGGAGCGCCUGUGCGGACAGAUUCGUCUCCUUUUGCAGCAAAGACUCUUCCAAAAUGCUUCCACGUCGGUGCAUGUGUCACCGAGCAGCCCCGGUGUGUCCAGCCGGGGUCACCAGGUGUGUUUACCCGGGCUGUUCAGCAGGAUGUUUCUGCAGGAGGGAAGCCGCCUCGGUGCCGCUCACAGCCAGCUUGCAGCCCGCCGCAGCCUCUGCACCUCCACGCAGCCCUCCAGAGAUGUGAUCCUGUACGAGCACAACGGGACCCGCUUCACCCGCCUCCUCGCCGGUUUCUGCGGCGGACAGUUCCUCUUCUGGACAUACCUGAGUCACUUCGCCUACACCGGGCUCAGAGACACGGGGGCCGCCUUGGAGAAAGCAAAGAGCAAAGCAUCCACCACCACCACUGGGCUGGCUGGGAUGUGGAGUUUCGAGAUGAACCUGAGCUCCAGCGCCUGGAGAUACGGCUUCACCCUGGGGUGCCUGGCUAUAGGAGGGGGGAUAGGAGGGAUGGGGUUUUUGUUCUGCAGGCGCUCUGUGAGCCAGGUGGUUUUACAUCAAGGUGGGAGGAUGGUGACAGUUUGCACACAGUCACUCAUGGGACCUGGACGAGGCAGGAAAAUAACAGUCCCUCUGUCCCAGGUCGCCUGUCACGCCCACAGACAGGAGACCCCCUCAUUCAUCCCUCUCAGGGUCAAAGGUCACAAGUUCUACUUUCUUCUGGACAAAGAGGGGACAGUGACCAACGCUAAACUGUUUGAUGUAACUGUUGGGGCAUACCGAUCACUCUGAGUGAAUGAAACACUUGUCCACAUAGUUUUAACAAAUUUUGGAAAGGAUGGGUCGAGUUUGUCAAAUCAUUAAAGGCUGAGUUUGCACUGUAACACCUCUGAUUCUCUGCUAAAAUCAUUAAUGAGGUGACAUAAUUAAGUGUAAGAAGUUGGAUAAAUGAUCCGUAACUUUUUUUUUUCAUGUCAUUUGCACCAUCUCUUUUGUCAAUGAUUACAUAUUUACAAGAAAUAUGUGUGAGGCCUUAUAUUUGUUGGUUCUCUAUUCCUAAAUAAAAAGAGAAUAUCCAAAUGAAAAACACUUCCAAAUAAAUAUGUUUUCUUCUUUUUAUAUUUACUCCUCACUUAAAAAAAAUCUACAAGAUCAAAUACGGACUGGUGUAAAUUAAUAUAUGCCUGUCUCUCUUUCAACCCCCCCCAGAUAG